CGCGGAUCCUGGCCCGGUGCGCCGGCGCCGGUUCCAAAUGGUCGGUGUCAUGCUUUUAGUUUGGGACUAGGGGGAAGAUAAGGCCGAGCCUCAAAGUGUUGGUUGUCAAACAGGUUUUGUUCGCCACUGGGGUCUAGACUGUACUGAUAAGAAUGCUGGUGAGGCCUCUUAUGAGUCCAUAAUCAUGAAUAAGGGUCAAUACUGCCUGAUAAACAAUACGAGGCAUGGCAUACUUGUCUGGCCAUACAAAAUGUUAUUCAGAUAACAUAUUACUACGUUGCGAGGACGCUGUCAGUCUCACCACGGUCAACGUCCAAAGUGGAGUGCUUCUGACCGAAGCUCGGCGGGAACUCCGUUUCGCCGCCCAACAGCCAAGGAUUAAAUAAACCCAACCCAAGGGUUAAAAUUAGCUGCCGGGCACCAUCGGGACCGUUUUGAGCCUCAAACACCCAAUUACACCAUUGUUCUUCCCUUUAAUGUAUACAGAUAAAGGUUUUCUGACGAUAUCAGCCCAAUGCCAAGGAUGCAGUGGAGUUCCAUUAAGCAUUUUGUCGAUCUAAUCAGUGAUGGAGCCCAGGGUGAUCAUUCAGCUGCGUUUCUUCUAUCAUUCAGGAGGUUUCAUCUGCGUUGCUUUGACGUGAAAAUUCUUUUCACCCCUUAAAAUGCACAAGGGCCCUUGUUGGCAGACGUUGGAUAUCUUGCUAAUCGUCAUUCCACGUGCGAAAUUACACGCGUCUGCGGACGUUAUCUUUACGUGCACUGAUCAAUGCAAUCAAUUAACGAGUCAAGCUCCCCUUGCACAGCGGAUAAAAACGGAGAGGUCCUUGAUCCUUAUCUUUAUCCCACUUAUACGCGAGCUUCUUGACGUUUAAAGGUUAUCCACAGAGCAAAGACGAGGAUAUAUUGAUCGCUAGGAUAGUUAUCGGCAAUAUUCGGAAGCAUGUGAGAACUAUCUAUCUCGAGAUAGAGGUAUCUGAAGCCUUACAGAGUAAAACACGAAUUCUUGGGAUCAUAGUCAACAUUUGUGAAGCCUUAAGAGAAAUGGAGGCUGGGUUCAUUGGACCAUGUAGAGUGAAAUCCGAGCUUCGAGCAUAUCACGAACCACGAUGCAACAAGAUGCUCGCUCGUUCAAAACAUACUUGCUCUAUAUUCUAGGUACUGUUAAUUCAUAAUCGGACUAGAGCUAACAAAUCUUCUCUCUCAGAUGAUGACAAGAUUUCGAGUCUUCGAAUUUCGCCAGUUUCAGUAUCGACGACGUAUUAAGACAAGAGAAAUCAUAAGUGGCGAUACUUUCUUAGAAUUGAAAUAUAAUGUAAACAAAAAUAUGCCCAUGACUGAUUUACCUCCAAUGCUGCUCCAGCAAAUGUUUCUCACGUGAUGGUCCUACCAACAACGCCAAGAUAAUUUCGAAACCAACAACGCAAGUAAGCUGUAUCCCGCCAUCUUAUUACUUGGAUGAUACCAAGAUGGCUCAUCUAUCAACUCCACGUCUGCCCAAUGAAAUACUGGUCCUCAUAUUCAGCCAUUUUUGCCUUCACUGUCAAGAUGCCUACAAUGAAUCUUGGGACGAGAGACCACUUCGCCCCAUCGCAUCUCAGCGAAAGGAACAACAGGCUGAAGCCAAGCCGUGGUACUCAAUCCAUAGACAGACUCUCUGCUCGCUGUCUUUGACCUGCAGACAGUUCAAAGACAUUGCGCAGCCUGUACUGUAUCAUGAAUUUGUCUUGGGCUACGGUGAUUCAUGGAUCUCAGAGGUAUAUCAGUGGGACGAUCGCCUUGCGCCAUUUAUUCGCACUUUGGCUCGUCGACCUGAUCUUGCCCGCCUUGUCAAGGUUAUUUAUAUCAGCCACCGCAUCUUCAGUACCUCAGAAGACAAAGAGGAGCCUCGCCGAAAUGUUCUUCUAGAGGCAGCCAACGCUCUCGGUGUAGAUCUCCCAGCGGCUUGGAAGGAACGUGUGGAGAUUUGGGACUAUAUAUGUCUGUGGGAAGAAUUUGACUGGCCAGAUGUUUAUCCCGUUUUUAGCGAGUUUUAUCUCGAUGAUCAUCGCAGACUAACAGAGAAGCAAGAACGGCAACUCCGAAGGGCAAUGAGUGAGAAGUCGAUGCUCGGCCGUCGCUGGAUGAAUGCCGAACUGAUAGCAAUGCUUCUAGCUCACACGCCAAAUAUUGAGAUUAUCAGUAUCCAAAGCAGCCGCGGCUGGCCAACGUGCGGUAUUGCAGAGUCUUCAAUGCCUGCGCUUGGUGUCACUCAUUUACCAGUCAAGAGGCUAGACCUAGGCAUGCCGGCUCACCCAAUAGUCAAGAUCUCUGACAAUCUUGAGACUCUGAAUUUCCAUGGAUAUAUAGGGAACUUGGGAUAUAUAAAGAUGGAAAUGCCUUCUUUGAAGAGUUUGAGGAUCACGAAGGGCUUUCUAUCAGCUGUGCGACUAUCAAAGGUUUUGGAAGGCUGUACCGGGGGUCUAGUUGCUUUUGAAUAUGAAGCCGCACAGGGACGGCGUCAGAAUAAUGAUACUCCAGCUGUGAACUUUCAAUUGUCUGAUGCGAUUGAGUUGCUCCGGCUUCAUAAGAGUACUCUUCAAAUACUCCACCUGGACCUCACCGCUCGACGUGUUGAUAUCAGAAGGAUCGAGCCAGGAGUGAAUAUGAGGGACUUCGCAGCACUUCAACAUCUCUGGAUCAACACUCUUCUGCUAUUCCCCAUAGUUCUGCCGCCGACGCUGGGAACACCGGUUGAUGCAGAGAUGCUCGUGCAAUUCCUUCCUCGUUCCAUCGUUUCACUCGAAAUCUAUCGCGAUGGUAGAUGUUUCGUGAGUGACGCGUUACAUGGGCUCGUGGCUGUGAAGAGUGAAAAGUUUCCGUUGCUGAAGUGGGUUAUCCUCGGACCAAGAGGCGGAGGAGACCUCGGUCGGGUAUCUAAAGCGGCAGGUGUCAGUUUCAGUGCCAAGGUAUAUCGUUUGUGUCAGGCGAAAACCUAUCUUCAAGGGCCAAAUACAGAUAGUCGCCUUGAAUUUCCGGAUUGGGACAGCGACGAUGAGCUCUGGUAUGGGGAAGAAUAAAGGGACCGGUACUGGGUUCAAGCGUUGCUACGUUCAUUUUUGGCAUAGAUCGCCAUCGCAGUACAGCCUUUUAUAGUCGUAUUUCAAAGACUGUGAUAACAGUAAGGUUUGUUCGCCGAACGAUAUAUGCGUUUGACGUUGGGAUAUGCACGUGUUGAGCAUGGGUAAUAAGGUACAACUUAAUGGUCGAUCACAAUCCACGGAAUUAUCGGGCGUUGAGCAAUAGUCAUGAGUUUAACUUCAUAGCAUUGAUAUGCAUUCCCUUUCUCUUACA